UUAUUUUGUUAACACGACCGGAAGUCUUUAUCAUGUCAACAAGUUGUGAGUGAGAGAAUAUUAUUUGGACGUAAGAGCGGAUUUGUCCCGUUUCGCCGGCUGCAGGUGAGUAAAUGUGGCCGUGAGGAAGUGACCAGCGGCUUACAGUCAUGAACGGAAGCUGUAAUGCGGCGCUGGAUAAAGAGGAACAUGUUUUAAAGCUGGGAGAGAGCUUCGAGAAAAGAGCCAAGUCCUCGUUCCACACCAUCCGCUAUGAUUUUAAGCCGGCGUCCAUCGACACGUCGUGUGAAGGAGAGCUGCAGGUGGGGAAAGGAGACGAGGUCACCAUUACUCUCCCACACAUCCCAGGUUCGACUCCUCCCAUGACGGUGUUUAAAGGCAACAAGCGGCCGUAUCAGAAGGACUGCGUGCUCAUCAUCAACCACGACACGGGCGAGUUCGUGCUGGAAAAGCUGAGCAGCAGCAUUCAGGUCAAGAAGACCAGAGCCGAGGGCAGCAGUAAGAUCCAGGCUCGGAUCGAGCAGCAGUCAGUGAGAGCCAGUCAGCCCGCGUCUCAGUUCCGAACUCCCACCAAACCCAGCGCCGGGGUCAAGACGUCCCCCAGUAAGGACAACCCGUCCCCCGAACCCCAGCUGGACGACAUCAAGAGAGAGCUGCGGGCGGAGGUGGAGAUCAUUGAGCAGAUGAGCAGCAGUGGCAGCAGCAGCUCCUCAGACUCGGGUAGUUGUUCUGGUAGCGGAGACGACGACAGCUCGAGCAGCGACGGAGAGCAGGAGAGUGCCAACCUCCAUCUGUCGCCCAGCCGAGAGGCUGUGAGCAACGGCACGGAGAAACCCCAGGGCAACAACCAGCUAAUGAACACGCUGAGAAACGAUCUGCAGCUGAGUGAAUCAGGCAGCGACAGCGACGGCGAUUAAGGUCCUCCCAUCGUCCCUCGUUCAGCACUGCUCUCUUUCUGAUAUUCCAUUGACAUCGUGACAAGCUGUUUCUCCUACGUUACGUUUUAACAUAAGCUGCCUGUGCUUUUACGGUUUUGUCUUUGCUAUGAGAUAUAUACAUAAUGUAUAUUUAACUUCAUCAGAGCAGAAAGUCUAGUUUGUAUUUUUUAUUAGAUUAUUUUUAUUUUUGUUAAAGUGUAUUCUAAGGAUUGUUACCGGAUUUUACCGGAUAGGAUCGGGAAUCACCAGGGAUCUCCUGAUACGAUAUUAUCACGAGCCGAUUUUAUGGCAACUUUAUUUUCAGAGUUUUUUUUUUUUACAAUUUUAAACAAACUUAGCAACUUAUAUAACACAAGAAGCUGUGCUGCCUGCAUAUGUUUGAAUAGUUUCGAUGGCAUCACCUGGAGGAUUAUACAAGGACUGCAACGUUUAGCCAUAUUUAAUAUAGAGUUUGGCUUUGUUUUGGUAACGUAUUGUAUGUCACCAAAAUGGGUGGAGCCUCAAGUAGCCAUAUAAUUACUAGCAUGUCACUUCAUUUCUUCAGCUCAGUGUAGUGCUUAGCAUUAAAUAAAUAUACUGGAACCUCAGCAUGCAAAGGCCCUCCCUUUAGAAUUUUUGCCUUAAAAAUGUUAAUUUUGCAAGAAAUUUUACUCUGCAUUUUGGGUGGCUGAAACAGAUUAGAUUAUUUCUUAAGGGAAAUUUCCCAUCGCAUUUUGAAUUUUCUCCUCAAGAACUUGCCUUCAGAAUGCAUUAAAUUCGUAUGCUGAGAUUCCGCCAUAAUCCAUUUAGUGUGUUAUGUAUUUGUCGUACUAUCACGAUCAGUGACGAUUGACGAUGUUGGACUAAGCCCUGUGUCUGUGAAUGCAGAAACAACAGCACAUUCAGGAUCCUGUACAGCUUUUGUAACACGAUUACUGUUAUCAGCUGGAUUAUUCUCCACAAGGGGGCAGUAUUCAUAGGCUACAUGUCCACUGUACGCAAGUACCUCACAAAGAGGGGCAGAUAAACUGGUAAAAUAUAUAAAAAUGCACGACGGAUUGUGGUAUAACGGAGAAGCUAUUAUAGCGUAAUAGCGAUAAGUAUCUUUACGCAACUGCGUACAUUCACAUUGUGCUGCUUACAGUACAUCUGUAACUUCCAUUAAUAUUAAAUUCAGAAUGUUUUUUGACAUGUUACCUCAAAUAAUAAGUAAAUUUAUUAGAAACAGAGUGUUUUCAGGUUUCUUGACGUCCUGCGUUGUAAACAAACACGCCCUUAAAGCAGCGUUGAUGUUCAUGUCGUGUGCAGUGGACAUCUAGUCUUGGGUUUCCUUAGAUUGCAUAUAAAUGCAACUUGUGCAAGUAAAGUUUGAAUGUUUUUUUCUGUUUGCUUUGCUGUCAUUUUCUGACUUUGCCAUGCUGUGAAUUUACCGUCUGUCACGAUGCGGCUUGACUGUUUAUCCACAUUUUAUCUGAAUGAAUGACUGUGGCUUUCUCUGUAUAAAUAAAGAAAGAAAUUGUUCAGAUGAAAUAGUGAAACUGUAUAAAGGACUUUAGCCUUAAUUGUAGCUAAGUGUAAAGGUUUUAGCUUAAAAGCUGAGAAGAAACAUGGACUCGAAAAGAGUCAAGAUCAGUAUUUUGGAAUAUAAAUGCUUUUUUGCUCUUUGAGUCAUCUUCAACUGGAAAGUUUCCUUUUUCCGUGCCUGUGUAAUAAAGAGCCGUUUUCUGCAAUA